AAAUUUCUUUUGAUAAUAGCACAUACCACACUGGUCGCCGGUCAGUGAAAUUCACGUACUACUGCUUACUAUUACAUUGUAAAUUACUGUAAAUACAAAUGGAUGGUAUUAAUUUGUUUACACAAUUCGUGGUCCAACACAAACCACAAUUGGAAUCGUCUGGUGUGCCACAACAUCUUUGGAAAUCGUUGCAUCGUAAAUUGGUAAAGGAAAUUUUUGAUGCCGGCAUAUCGCUGCAAUUACUGUUGAUUGAUUACGAAGGAGAUGAAGAGAAUGGCUCAGAAGCACCAGUUGUUAGUGCAAGCAACACAACAACGUCAGUCGCAGAGGAACCGCGUCCAAUGUUUGCCCUUACGAUAGCUCGUGAAGGUGGAAUUAAGGCCGCCGAUCCRGAUUCUAUAUAUCUCAUUGAUCACGCCUGGACAUUCCGUAUGAAUAUGGCUAGACAGCAACUAGCAGAACAUGAGCAGUUAGCGGAUCGUAUGUGUGCCAUAAUGGGUGUCGAUAUUGAUGACGAAGAUCGUAUUGAUCAAGUCUUGGUUAAAAUGUGGCGUUAUUGUUUUUCAUAUACUAUAGCCAGUAAUGGUCUAUCUGAUGAAGAACGACUUCCUAUUUGGUAUGUGAUGGAUGAAGUUGGUUCCGCCGUAAGCCACUCGGACGAUCCUAAUUUUCGUGUCGUUCCGUUUCUAUAUCUAAAUAACCAAACAACAUAUAGCCUACUUUUUCCCAUACGUGAUUGUGAUUAUGAAGAAUAUGUAACGCGUGAUUUUGUAGAAUAUGUGAGCAGAGAUAAUGAAGAACGCGAAGCUUUAUUAUUGCCAUGGCGUGCUACUGAUCUACGUGAACACUCUUUUAUGCAAUUUGAACCUGAGUCAGAAUACUUUUCCAGAGGUCAUAUACCUGAAACAUUCCCUGAAGGAGACACUGCUCUAUUAAAACCUCAAGUAAAUCGUAAUCAACCACUAAAGGUUUAUAGUGAAUAUGAAGUGGUAAGCGCACAUUUGACCGAUCCUUGUUUUCAAUUAGUUGGCAAUCAAUCCGAGGCUGAUGUGCUUUGGUUGACACAUCACUAUAAGGAGUUUGCGGAAUUAGCCKUUAAUACGCCGAAUAAGUUUAUAAAUCAAUUCCCUUAUGAAUAUGUUUUGACAAUCAAAGAUUUGCUGGCAAUUACGGGGAGGCGUGUUGCACAGGAACAUCACAAUCCUUCUACAUUGGAGACAUAUCCUCSCUGGCUGCCAACAACAUUUAACUUAAAGACGGAAUUGCUACAAUUUGCAUCAUAUUAUCAACAUCGUGUUGCAAAAGGUCUUGAUAAUCACUGGAUUGUGAAACCAUGGAAUUUAGCGCGUGGAAUGGACACCCAUAUAACUGAYAAUAUUGUACAAAUUGUGCGACUGCCAAUAACUGGACCGAAAGUCGCCCAAAAAUACAUCGAACGGCCGGUAUUAUUUAAACGUACUGAACUAGACGCUGAGGUUAAAUUUGAUAUACGAUAUGUGAUAUUGGUUAAAAGCUUUCAACCACUGGAAGCUUAUAUACAUAGAAAAUUCUUUCUACGAUUUGCUAAUAAGUCAUUUAGUCUAAAUAACUUUGAUGACUAUGAACAACACUUCACUGUAAUGAAUUAUCAUGAAGAGGCAGAGUUGCGACACAUAAAAUGUGAAGACUUCUUGGGUUAUUGGAAGGAGCAGUAUCCAAGACAUGAUUGGUCAACAAUUCAAAAAGACAUAUGUUUGAUGUUACAUGAGAUACUAGCUUGUGCAUCCAAGCGCCCGCCUCCAUGUGGUAUACCGCCUUGUCAACAAUCUCGUGCAUUAUAUGCGGUCGACAUAAUGCUUGAAUGGGAAAAAUCAGAUGAUGAUAAAACUUGUCAAAUGACGCCUAAAUUGUUGGAGAUCAACUGGACACCGGAUUGUAAGCGUGCAUGUGAUUACUAUCCAGAUUUCUUUAAUGAUAUUUUCAAAUUACUCUUUCUCGAUGAGACCAAUAAUGAAAGUUUUCUGCAAUUGGAAGCGAGCUCUUAGCUACGCUUAAUAAACUGCUUAAAGGUUCAAAGUAUUUAUAAUAAAUUUAUUUAAAUAAAAAAUAAAGGGCAGCAGAAUAAGUAAAAAUAA